GGGGAGGAACGAGGAGUCGUGAGCAUGCGCGUAGCCAAAGGGGGCCCUUCCCCCGCACCGAUCCACAGGCACCCCCAGGAGCAGAACACUGAGCGUGCGCAGCUCCUCCGCUCCGCCCCUCCUUCCCCCCACAGCCCGGCGUAAGGCUAUGACGCCAAGGUGUUGCCAUUUGGCGGGAAGAAGAGACCUUGCUGGGCUAACGGGGUAGGCUUGCGGCCAUGGCGGGGCGUCGUGGUGCCCUCAUCGUGCUGGAGGGCAUGGAUCGUGCUGGGAAGACUACGCAGUGCCGGAAGCUUGUGACGGCCCUGCUGGAGUCUGGACAGCGGGCAGAAUUUCUCCGGUUCCCGGAGAGAUCCACAGAAAUUGGCAAACUGCUGAGCUCCUACCUGGAGAAGAAGAGCAGCAUGGAGGAUCACACGGUGCACCUCCUUUUUUCUGCAAACCGCUGGGAACAGGUACCGUUGAUUAAAGAAAAGUUAAGUCAAGGCAUCACCCUGGUAGUAGACAGGUACGCCUUCUCUGGUGUAGCCUUUACAAGCGCCAAAGAGAAUUUUUCACUAGACUGGUGUAAGCAGCCUGAUGUGGGGCUCCCCAAGCCAGACCUGAUCCUCUUCCUUCACCUGAGCUCACAGGAAGCGGCAAAGCGGGGAGACUUUGGCAGUGAACGUUAUGAAAACAACGCUUUCCAGGAGAAAGCCUUGCAGCGCUUCUACCAGCUAAUGAAAGACGAUUCUCUAAACUGGAAGACCAUCGAUGCUUCUCAAAGCAUAGAAGACUUACACAAGGAGAUUUACUCCCUUUCUGAAGAGACCAUUCAGAUGGCCAGAGAGAUGCCUGUGGGAGAGUUAUGGAAAUAGGGCCGGCCUGCCAGCUCUCUGUGCUCAGCAGGAAGGAGGGGGAGCGCCCACCGGAAGAAGAUGGUGAUGUCUGAGAAUUUAAAAAGGACCAAGCUGUUGGAUGGCCAUGGAUUAUGUCAGGAGGCCCAACCUGGACUUCUUAAUCUGAGCUGAGGCUGCAGCCCUCCUUGCGAGCCCCAGAAUAAGGCAGCAAGAAGGUGGUGGACAGACAUGUGUUUGCUGAGCCAGGAGAGUUGAUUUAGGAGUUCUUCCCAGUUCUGCAAUUAGAGAAAGCCCAUUCUCCUUCCUUUUUGGUCCUGUUUAGUUUCCUUUCUCAGCCUUGUUUUUAACUGGAAUCAUCAAAGUAUUAUCGAGAUAAAUUACUUGUUUGAUCUAGUUUUUCAGGAUCCACAUUUUAGUAGGACAGUAAAUUUGAGUAAUCCUGCAUCAUCUAGGCCGGCUUCAGUCCCAGCAUUAACCUGAACUGUGUGAUGGUAUUCUUUUUGAAAAGUUCCAGUUGUCUUAACAUUCCAUCGUGAUGUCCUUCCUUUGGGGAUGAAUAAAACCAGCAGGAAUACCUACUCUCUUCAACAGAAAUGUAUGUUCAUUUGGGAAAAUAGCUGUGGGAAGCUUACUGUUUCCUACCCCUUCUCUUUGGAAUCUUGAACAAUUUGGCUUAGAACGAGAAGCACUGGAAUGAGAGAGUAUUGGUCAUGGCCCCCCACCUCCCAGAAGUCAGCUCUUGCUUUGAGUUUUGCCUCAGGGUGGAUAGCUGUCGGCAAGACACUAGCUGUGUCCUCUUUUUUAAGUAGCCUGAAUAAAUGUAAACGCUAGUGACUUGAAAGGUACCUUCUGCACAAGGAGGGAGGGCAGCCAGCAGGACCUAUUGGGUAGAGCGGGAGAGCUGGGUUUAAAUCCCACCUCUGACCUUGGGCUGUAAGUAAUAUCAGGUCACCUCUAUGCCUUGGGCUGUGUAUUUGAAAAUCGAGGGUAAAGCUUCCGGUACUUGGCUCACAGGGCAAUCAUCAAGAUUGUAAACCUUAGAGGACUUAAGAAAUAUUGGCUCCUAUUUCAAAUGCUCAUUAAUUAUUGGGAAUGGCUAUCAUAACUCUUAAGUUUGCCAGGUUGAAAACUUGUGUUUGUAAGUCACCAUGAAAUAAAGGCUCCAUUUGGUAUUUGGUCAAGA